CACCGCGGGACGCGCGGCUCUGAUGGCGGCCGCUUCAGUAGCAGAGGAGGCUGCAGGGCAGAGAGCGGCCUCCGCGGGAACCAACAAGCCAACAGAGAAGAGGAUAAAGCGAUGAAAGCUUCACUGAUGCAACAGGGUGCUGGGGGAGGCUGGAAAGGACAUCUGCUGUGGAAAGGAGGAGGCCCUCUUCAUCCUGGGAAGCGCAAGGAAUAAAGGCAGGGUCUCUUGACUGGUUUAGCAUGGACUCUGUUGCCACCCACAGCUGCCAUCUCCUCCAACAACUGCACGAGCAGCGGAUCCAAGGCCUGCUUUGUGACUGUAUGUUGGUGGUGAAAGGAGUCUGCUUUAAAGCACAUAAAAAUGUCCUAGCAGCAUUUAGCCAGUAUUUUAGGAGCCUCUUUCAGAAUUCUUCAAGCCAGAAGAAUGAUGUUUUUCACUUGGAUAUUAAAAAUGUUAGUGGCAUAGGACAGAUCCUGGACUUCAUGUACACAUCUCAUCUAGAUCUCAACCAGGACAAUAUACAAAUAAUGCUGGAUACAGCACAGUGUUUGCAAGUUCAAAAUGUCCUGAAUCUGUGCCACACAUUUUUAAAAUCAGCCACUGUAGAACAGCCUCCUGGCAUGUCUUGUAAUAGUAUGUUCUCCCUGCAAAGCUCUCUCACCUCUGAUGCUACUUGUGCUGUGAAUGAAAACUACCCUCCGCAUUUACUGCAAGAGUGUUCUGCAGAUGCACAGCAUAAUAAAGUUUUAGAUGGAUCAAAUUCUCAUGCUCCACCAUCAGUUAGUCUUCAUCAUUCCACAAGUGAAAUAGCAAAACAAACCUCUGACACUUUAGAUGGCAGCUGUGCAGACCUGCCUUUCAAACAGCCAAGUUACUAUUACAAACUCAGAAACUUUUACAGUAAGCAGUACUAUAAAGAUACUGCUUGUCCCAGCCACGAGCGAGUCGUUGAGCAGCCUUUGACUUUGAGUCCCCCCACAGACCUCACUGCGGUAGAAAGCCAGCCAUGUGCUGCUGGCCAUUCCCAGUGCAUCCUGGAGUCUUCAGAGCACUUGCCUUCCAACUUCCUGGCCCAGCCUUUGAGUGACUCUACCCCAGACCCUGAGUCAGACACCACAUGCCCACAACCUACCAAGCAGAUGAGGCUCAAAAAGGCCAUUCACCUGAAAAAACUAAAUUUCCUAAAGUCACAGAAAUCAGCGGAACAAGGAUCAGAACCCAGGUUGGAUGAUGACUCAACAAAAAGGAUGGAAUCUGCUGAUGAGAAUCUCAUAGAGAAAGGUAGUAGCCAACCUUUCGAAGAAAAACAAAGUGAAGAAAUUGUCCACUGUGAGAAUUUUAAUUGCAUUAGUGAAAUGGAGAGACCUGAAGACCCUGCGGUGCUGGGAGACCAGUGCCAGACUCUUUCACAGAGACAGUACGCGUGUGAAUUGUGUGGGAAACCUUUCAAACACCCGAGCAACUUGGAGCUUCACAAACGGUCUCAUACAGGUGAGAAACCUUUUGAAUGUAACAUUUGUGGGAAACAUUUCUCUCAGGCAGGUAACUUGCAGACUCACUUACGUCGGCAUUCUGGAGAAAAACCAUACAUCUGCGAGAUCUGUGGAAAGAGGUUUGCAGCCUCUGGCGAUGUCCAGCGUCACAUCAUCAUUCACUCAGGAGAAAAGCCACACUUGUGUGACAUCUGUGGUCGAGGGUUUAGUAACUUCAGUAAUUUGAAGGAGCAUAAAAAGACACACACGGCAGAUAAAGUCUUCACCUGUGAUGAAUGUGGGAAGUCUUUUAACAUGCAAAGGAAGUUGGUAAAACACAGAAUCCGACACACGGGUGAGCGGCCUUACAGCUGUUCUGCCUGUGGGAAAUGUUUUGGGGGAUCAGGUGACCUCCGGAGGCACGUGCGCACUCACACUGGGGAAAAGCCGUACGCGUGUGAGAUCUGUGACAAGUGCUUCACACGCUCGGCUGUGCUGCGGCGUCACAAGAAGAUGCACUGUGAAGCCGGCGGUGGACGCCCAGAUGUGCUGGGGGGGCUUGGUCAAGCCAUCGAGACCUCCGACCUUGAGAAAUCUCAGAGCUCAAACUCUUUCUCUCAGGACACAUCUGUGACAUUGAUGCCCGUAUCGGUUAAAGUCCCUGUCAACCCAGUGGAAAAUUCCAUGACAGAAUUUGACAGCCACUCUGCCAGCUCCUAUUGUAAGUUACGGUCCGUGACUCAACCUCAUGGACUUAGUGACCAGGAGAAACUGGGUUUGGAUCCUGUGAAGCUGGCCAAGCCCCCCCUGCAGCAGGCACAGCACCAGGCAUAUGCUUACUCAGACAUGGAUGGCCCGGCCAGCGUCGAGCCGCUGCAGGCUGAUGGCAUGUCCACGAUCCGCUCAUCCCUGGCUGCUUUGGACAACCACUGCAGUGACCCCCUGGGCAGCCGCACACCUGCCACAGCCUACAGGAACUCAGAGGGACAGUUUUUCUCCAGCAUGACUCUCUGGGGGCUAGCAAUGAAGACGCUGCAGAAUGAAAGUGAGCUGGACCAGUGACGUCCGUGCCGAUGGUUCUCAGUGUUGGGGUCUUCUGUCCACUUUGGCCAACUGGUGUCAGCCUGCAGGAGAGAACAACUUCCCCUGGGACUGGUGCCUUCUCACUAGCCAGGGGAUAUUUAGGUAAUUUCCCCCCCCUAAAGAUGGCUCAGGGAUUGGGAAGAAAGGCCAGCUGGCUUGGCACUGAGUCAGAUGCAGGGCGUAGAACUUGAAAACGCAUUUGCUUUAGCUAGCUUGACUUGUGCAGACUUGGUGUUAAUGACUAUACGCUGGGGCCGUAUGAAAGGAAUUAUAU